AUGUCAAGAAUAAUAAGAGUAGUGAAGGAAACUUUUAGAAAAUAUCCAAUGAUAGCUAAUUCAACUGUCUAUGGUACAAUGUGUGUCGGAGCUGAAUUUUCACAACAAAUAUUGACCAAACGGAUAUUGAAUAAAACCGAACCACCAGAGCCGAUUGACACGGAUGUAUUAGGACGAUAUGCCAUAGUGGGCACUCUAAUUAGUCCUAACAUUUUAUACUUUUGGUAUAAAUGGCUGGACAAAGCAUUUGUGGGUACUGCGCCAAAAAUUAUUGUAAAAAAAUUAUUAAUCGAUCAAUUUAUAAUGACUCCGCCGUUUUACGUAGUAUUUUUCGUUACUAUGAGUCUCUUAGAGGGGAAAAAAGAUCUAUUUGAAGAAUGCAGACAGAAGUUCAUUCCUACAUUCAAAACCAGUUGUGUGUUUUGGUUGCCAGCACAAGCUAUUAACUUCAUGUUGGUGCCACCGGCUGCUCGUGUAAUUUAUGUUGGAAUGUGUUCAUUUGUAUGGAUAAAUAUGUUAUGCUGGAUCAAAAGAAAUGAUUACAAUGCGAUUAAAGAAGAAUAA